CUUUGCUCUUUACAGAGACUCAUGCACAUUUACUGCUAGCUCACUGAAGUCAGACAGUCAGUGAAGAGCACAAAGCCAUCAUGUCGCACCUAAGGAGCGUCCUCGCUUGUCUACUGAUGCUCGUCUCGAUUUGCCAGGCAAACACUGGUGGUCUGAGGACCAGCACCAGCACUCAGGGGAGAGGCUUGCUGACCAACGCGCUUGUGGGAUUGGGGGCGAUGGCCGGCUUCCUCUUCAUCGUCUUCGUCAUCCUCAUUGUGAAAAGGCUCUUUUUCAAGAAAGUCAAGGAUGAAAAGCAGCCUGACCCUGAGGUCUGUGGAGCAUAUGAAAACAAAGCUCUCGAGGUGGAGACACCAGAAGACACCAAAACCACCAACCUGUAAUUUUAGGAGGAGAACACACACAGACCUCAGAGCGUUUCAUUACACCGUCUAGCUGAUGUCUAAUGUGAACUUUGUGCAAACACUGUAAAGUACAAGGUUGUUGCUUGAAAGGAUGAUUUAAAAUUGAUUCAUUCUUUUAUACAAAGUGAGUUUCAGUGACUUCCCGUCCAUGUAUACAGAUGAACAAUUGAAGAUUAGCGGUCUUACUCAAGCGUCUAACACUGCGGUUCUCAAACAUUUUGGGCAAAUGAUCCCAAAUGGACAUUAUACAUUUUCUGUGACCCCAAGCCUUGACCACCCUACAUUAUUUCCUAUUCUGGAUUUAAAAAUUAAGACUAUUGUAACAUUUGAACAUUUUAUCAUUUGUCAGUAACAAAGGUGUGAAACGUACACAUUUAUGCUAUGAUUAUUAUGUCACACUUGUAAAUCCACAUUCAAUAAAAGUUUCUGCCUAU